CCAGCUUGUAGACAGGGCCUGGAGCGCACGCCCUAGACUCGGCGACUCAGAAAUCCCGAAGACGCUCUGAGCGACCUGGGAGCACCUGGGCUGCACCCCUGUCUGCCUGCACCCUCCUCCAGUGCCCCCCGGUCGUGGGCGUGAGUCCGGAAGUAGCCACAAUCCAGCCAGGACCGCCGCUCGUAAACCUGGGUAAACCUGUAUAAGCUCUGGCGUUGACAGCUGGAAGGCAGCUGGGACUGUGGUGGCGCCCCUCCCUGUACCCACCUCCGCCAUCGCAUUGCCAGAGUUGAACCCCCCUUCUAGGUCCUGGAACAGCACCCACUUCUGUAAGGGAAGCUGACGCCACCCAAUGUCUUCAAUCCCACCGGAAUCAUCCCCCCCAAGCCUGAAAGUCCUGUACCCUCGUUGGUCCUAUCUGGUCACAGCAAGUUAGAGGUGAAAGAGCCCGGCCUGGGGCCCUUCUGUUUACCCCAAAGCUGUACUACCUGUAGCCAGGAGUGGCCAACAGACGCUAACCGAGCCUUCUGCACUACAUUCCUUUUCCAAGAUUUUUCUGGCUCUAUUUGUGUUCCAGCCCAAUGAUUUCCUUCUUAUUGGAUCGUUCUCUCUUUUGCAUAUCAAGCCUUGAUUAAGCCAGUCCCUGAGGACAAUAAAGUCCUUUGGUUCCCCUCAGUUGACCCCUCCUGACCAUGGAACACCAUCAGCCUGAGCAUCCAGUCCGUGGUGAGGCCAGGACUGCGGAAGUGGUCAGCCCUGAAAACGAUGAGGUCCUGUCAGAACCCAGUGAGCCCCCUCAGGACAAGGAUGCCGAAGAGGCUGAUGGGGCAGCUGGAGAACAGGAGCCAGUAGAUGAAGCUUUGCUGCCAGCCCAGGGCCAGGAUAACCUCGAGUCGCCUCCACCUGAUGCUAGCUCAAGCCAAGAAGGGCCAGCCCAGGGGACACAGCCUGAGGUAGAGACAGUGGGGGCCUGCUCCUGGCCCCAAGAACUUCCCCAGUCCCCCAGGGCCCGACAACCUGAGCUAGACUUCUACUGUGUAAAGUGGAUCCCCUGGAAGGGAGAACGGACACCCAUCAUCACCCAGAGCACUAACGGCCCUUGCCCUCUCAUCGCCAUCAUGAACAUCCUUUUUCUUCAGUGGAAGGUGAAGCUGCCACCUCAGAAGGAAGUGAUCGCAUCAGAUGAGCUCAUGGCCCAUCUUGGAGACUGCCUUCUAUCCAUCAAGCCCCAAGAGAAGUCAGAAGGACUUCAGCUUAAUUUUCAGCAGAAUGUGGACGAUGCAAUGACAGUGCUGCCUAAACUGGCCACAGGUCUGGAUGUCAAUGUGCGAUUCACAGGUGUCUCUGAUUUUGAGUAUACACCUGAGUGCAGCAUCUUUGACCUACUAGGCAUACCUCUGUACCAUGGCUGGCUUGUUGAUCCACAGAGUCCUGAGGCUGUGAGUGCAGUUGGGAAACUGAGUUAUAACCAACUGGUAGAGAAGAUCAUCACCUGCAAGCACUCCAGUGACACCAACCUCGUGACAGAAGGCCUGAUUGCAGAGCAGUUCCUGGAGACCACCGCUGCACAGCUGACCUACCAUGGUCUGUGUGAGCUAACAACAGCUGCCAAGGAAGGCGAACUUAGCGUCUUCUUCCGGAACAACCACUUUAGCACUAUGACUAAGCACAAGGGUCACUUGUACCUACUGGUCACCGACCAGGGCUUUCUACAGGAGGAGCAAGUGGUGUGGGAGAGCCUGCACAACGUGGACGGAGACAGCUGUUUCUGUGACUCUGACUUUCACCUAAGUCACUCCCUAGGCAAGGGACCUGGAGCAGAAGGUGGGAGUGGCUCCCCAGAAAAGCAGCGGCAGGUGGACCAGGACUACCUGAUCGCCUUGUCCCUGCAGCAGCAGCCGUCGCAAGGCACAUUGGGUCUUAGCGACCUGGAGCUGGCCCAGCAACUUCAGCAAGAGGAGUACCAACAGCACCAAGCCGCCCAGCCCGUGGCAGCACGUGCCCUGUUACCACAGGGGAGAGGAGCUGCAUUUGGACGCCCAGCUGCCGAGCGUCGGCAGAGGCCGAAGCAAGAGUCCGACUGUGUCCUCCUGUAGCCCCGCUCAGUGCCAGGCUGCCUUGCCUCCGCUUGCAGAGGCUGGGGCUAUUUUGCUUGCUCCCUGGCUCAACUUGAGAUAUGCAGGGUAACUUAUUUAUGGAAUGUUGGGGAUCAGAGCAGGCAGUAAAUGCCAAGGUCAGAGUUGGUGACGUCUUUGCCCUCACGUGCUGCCUCCUCUUCCUCCCAGCCAUCCUGGGCAACAUUGGGGUUGGUCGGGUGAGGAUUUCUGAUUACCAACUCCCUUUCCCCAGAAUAGUCACAUUAAUAUACAGACUCAGGCUCCAGGGUGAGGUUCCUGUCUAGAACCCAUCUCCCCUACUUUCUGCUCCUGCAGGCCCACCCGUAUCCAUCUGUUUGUUUCAGGGUUUAAUUUGGGUUUCUAUCUCCAUUAUUUGUAAUGCCUUCCUAGGGGAUUGGAAAUAAAACUUCUUUCCUGAG